CAAUCCCUUUUUCUGCAUCCACACCGCUAAAACAAUAAUAAAAGUUUCCAUAAUCAACUUGAUUCAAUUCUUCACGAGUCUUCUCUCUCUGCUAUUAACCCUUCGUGAUGGCUUGUGGUUCUGAGUUGUUGUCGCCCUCUCCUAUUGAACAACCUUUAGUUCCUGCACCUGCUUGUGAUGAGAAGAGCGCAAAGGCUCUUCAGUUCAUCGAGGAGGUCACAAAAAACACCGACUCGGUCCAGGAGAGAGUUUUGGAGGAGAUUCUGCGCCAGAACGCCGACACAGAGUAUCUGAAGCGAUUUGGCCUAAACGGAGCCACUGACCGGAAGAGCUUCAAGUCCAAAAUUCCUGUCGUUACUUACGAGGAUCUUCAGCCUGAUAUACAGCGCAUUGCAAAUGGUGACCGCUCUCCAAUCUUCUGCGCUUACCCAAUCUCUGAGUUCCUCACCAGUUCUGGCACAUCUGCUGGCGAAAGAAAACUGAUGCCGUUCAUUCAUGAGGAGUUAGACCGACGUCAGUUACUGUACAGCCUUCUCAUGCCAGUCAUGAACCAGUACGUUCCUGAUUUGGACAAAGGAAAAGCGCUUCACUUCCUGUUCGUCAAGGCAGAAACGAAGACCCCCGGAGGGCUGGUGGCGCGGCCGGUGCUAACAAGCUACUACAAAAGCGAGCACUUCAAGAACCGUCCGUUUGACCCAUACAACUUGUACACUAGCCCGAAUGAGGCGAUCCUCUGCCCCGAUUCGUUCCAGAGUAUGUACACACAGAUGCUAUGCGGCCUCAUCAUGCGCCACCAAGUCCUCCGCGUCGGCGCCGUCUUCGCCUCCGGCCUUCUCAGGGCCAUCCGCUUCCUCCAGCUUAACUGGCAACAGUUGAGCCAUGACAUCUCAACCGGAACCCUAAGCCCCAAAAUCACCGACCCUUCCAUAAGGGAAUGCAUGGCCAAACUCCUCAAACCCGACCCGGAGCUGGCGGAAUUCAUAACCAUGGAGUGCUCCAGUGAGGACUGGGAACGGAUAAUCACAAGAAUCUGGCCAAAUACUAAGUACCUGGACGUGAUCGUCACCGGUGCCAUGGCGCAAUACAUUCCCACGCUGGACUACUACAGUGGUGGAUUACCUAAAGCUUGCACCAUGUACGGUUCCUCCGAGUGCUACUUUGGUCUCAAUCUCAGGCCAAUUUCGGAUCCUUCUGACGUUUCUUACACCAUUAUGCCAAACAUGGGUUACUUCGAGUUCAUUCCACACGAUGACUCGUCUCCUCUCACUCUCUCCCGUGACUCGCCGCCGCCGCUCGUUGACCUCGCCGACGUCGAAGUCGGGAAGUACUACGAGCUCGUUAUCACAACCUACUGCGGCCUCAACCGCUACCGAGUGGGUGACAUUCUUCAAGUCACAAGGUUCCACAACACCGCGCCAGAAUUCCGCUUUGUAAGAAGAAAGAACGUUCUUUUGAGCAUCGAUUCUGACAAAACCGAUGAAUCGGAGCUUCAGAGAGGCAUAGAGAACGCAUCUGUGCUGUUAAAGGAGUUCAACACGACGGUGGUUGAGUACACGAGUUAUGCAGACACAAAAUCGAUCCCAGGGCAUUACGUGAUUUACUGGGAGCUUAUGAUAAAGAACGCUUCUCGUCCUCCAACUAAUGAAGUUCUAAACCAGUGCUGCUUGGCAAUGGAGGAGUCUUUAAACUCGGUUUAUAGACAGGGAAGAGUUGCAGAUAACUCAAUUGGUCCUUUGGAAAUAAGAGUGGUGAAGAAUGGAACAUUUGAGGAACUCAUGGACUAUGCUAUCUCCAGGGGUGCGUCCAUUAAUCAGUACAAGGUUCCAAGGUGCGUAAGUUUCACACCAAUAAUGGAACUGCUCGACUCUAGGGUGGUCUCUGUUCAUUUCAGCCCAGCUGCACCUCACUGGACACCGGAACGUCGUCGUUGAAGGAUGCUUCCCGCCAUGCAGUAGUCAUGCACUAGAACUAGAUCUCAAUAAAAAUGUUUUCUUUUUUUAAUUUAUUAUUAUUAUUAUCUCAUGGAGGUAUCUGUGUAUUAACUUCUUGAUGUGAUGUUCAAAAGUGCUUGCUUUUAGCUUUUCUCUUUUUUGGCCGUCGUGGCUCGCUUAACUCUGUUAAAACUUAAAACAUAACUAUGUGCUUUAAACUUUA